AUGUCUUUCUUCAAGAAGCUCACCAAGGAGUUCGAGGAGCUCAAGACCUCCUUCUCCGACGACAAGCCCGCCGCCCAGCAGCAACAGCAGCAGCAGCAGCAGCAACCUCCCCAAGAGCAGACUGGUAAGUCGCACUCGUGUCACCCAGCCCUUCCCGCCUUCCCUGCAAGAGGGACGUCCCAAUAUCUCCCAAGCCGUCCUAUUUCUUGUCCUCCUCUCGUCCUCCUCGCUACCAUUGACAUUCACUACCUGCUCGUCACCUACAAAACACCCCAUUUGAUCUACGGUGAUCACCCGCAGCAGCAGCAGCAAUACGGCGCUCCUCCCUCCAACUACCCUUACCCCUCGCAGGCACAGCCUCAACCCGGUUACGGCAGCCAGCCCAGUUACGGCCAACCCACCCCUCCGGCUGCCCAGUCCGCGCCCCCGAUGGCCGCUCCUUCUGUCUCCCAGGGCUGGCUCUGCCAGUGGGACUCCAACUACCAGAGAUGGUUCUACGUUGACCAGAGCUCCGGUCGCUCCCAGUGGGAGCACCCGUCUCCCCCCACCGGCCCGGUCGGCACCCCCAGCUACGGCGCCCCCCCUCCCGUCCCCCCCUCCGACACUAGAGCUUUCGGAGACCAGGGUCACGGCGGCUACGGCUCCCCCGCACCUCCCCAGCAGUAUGGCGGCGCUCCCUACGGUGGAGCUCCCGGCUACGGCCAGCAGCCUCAGUACGGCCAGCCUCAGUACGGUCAACCCCAGUACGGCGGCGCUCCUUACGGCCAGCCCCAGGGCCAGAACCCGUACGGCGAGACCAAGGACAAGGAGAAGAAGAGCAGCAGCAGCGGCAUGCUCCUCGGUGCUGCCGGCGGUCUCGCCGUUGGUGCUGUUGGUGGCGCGUUGAUCGCUAAUGCCCUUGACGACUCUGACGAUGAGCACAAGGCCGCCGCUCAACAGCAGCAGCAGUACGGCGGCUACCAGGACAACUCUUACAACGACGCUCCCCCCGCCGUCCUGCCUCCCACCGACAACGACGGCGACUCCAUCUCUUCCAGCGAUCGCGAGGACGUCCAGGAGGCCCGCGAGGAGUACGAGGAGGCUCUCGCCGCUGCCCACGACUCUGACGCCAGCAGCAGCGACCACGAGCGCCUCGAGGAGGCCAGAGAGGAGUACGAGGAGACGUACGAAGAGGUGUACGAGGACUAA